ACAUUUUUUAUAGCCAAUUUAUUUUAGUGUUGUUUUUGCGAGAAAACAAAGAUUCAAUGACAGACGAGGAUAUCUAUACCGGUGAUGGGAGUGUUACUCUUGAUAACGAACGUGCUGUUAAGAGCAAAACCGGAAACUGGAGGGCUUGUCCAUUCAUUCUUGGUAAUGAAUGUUGUGAAAGGUUGGCAUACUAUGGAAUGAGUACUAAUUUGGUGAAUUAUCUUGAGGAUCGACUUAACCAAGGAAACGUACGUGCGUCGACGAACGUUUCAAAUUGGUCAGGAACGUGUUACGCUACACCGUUGCUUGGGGCUUUCAUAGCCGAUGCAUACUUGGGACGAUACUGGACUAUUGCUUGUUUUUCCAUUAUCUACUUCUUUGGAAUGACACUUUUGACCCUAUCCGCCUGCGUGAAAGGACUGGAGCCACGGUGUGACGACGAUGGUUGCCACCCAACCUCAACGCAAACUACGGUCACUUUUGUUGCCCUAUACUUGAUCGCAUUAGGAACUGGGGGGAUCAAACCUUGUGUAUCAUCUUUCGGGGCUGACCAAUUUGAUGAAACUGAUGUAAAAGAGAGGAAAAGGAAAAGUUCAUUCUUCAACUGGUUCUAUCUUUCCAUCAACGUAGGUGCACUAUUCGCGUCAUCCAUUUUGGUUUGGAUACAAAUGAAUGUAGGUUGGGGGUGGGGGUUUGGUGUCCCGGCUGUUGCAAUGGCAAUUGCUGUUGCGUUUUUCUUCUCGGGUAGUCCUUUGUAUCGGAUUCAAAAGCCUUCAGGUAGUCCUUUGGUUAGGCUUUGCCAAGUGGUGGUCGCGUCGUUUAGAAAGUAUAAUGUUAAAGUGCCCCGAGAUGAAUCGCUUCUUUAUGAGACUUCUGAUAGUGAAUCCCAGAUUGUUGGUAGCCGCAAGCUUGAACACACUGAUAAAUUCAGGUUUUUGGACAAGGCAGCAGUGGAGACAGAGUCUGAUAGAAGGAAAAGCACAAGCAAUCCAUGGAAACUAUGCACAGUGACACAAGUCGAAGAACUCAAAUCAAUCAUUCGGGUUCUUCCCAUUUGGGCAUCUGGAAUCAUAUUUGCAGCCGUGUACAGCCAAAUGAGCACAAUGUUCGUCCUACAGGGCAACACAAUGGACCAACAUAUCGGUCCCAACUUCAAAAUCCCAUCAGCUUCUCUUUCAAUCUUUGACACAAUUAGUGUCAUCUUUUGGACUCCUGUAUACGAACGUAUCAUCAUCCCCAUUGCUAGAAAACGCACACACCAUGAACGAGGCUUCACAACGCUCCAACGAAUGGGUAUUGGUCUGGUGAUCUCCUUAUUCGCCAUGAUGGCUGCAGCAACCUUAGAAGUGGUCAGACUAGACUAUGUUCGUAAACAGAACCUCUACGACGAAGAAACAAUCCCCAUGUCCAUUUUCUGGCAAGUCCCGCAGUAUUUCUUGAUCGGUUGUGCUGAGGUGUUUACAUUUAUCGGACAACUUGAGUUCUUUUACGACCAGGCACCAGACGCAAUGAGGAGUUUGUGUUCGGCGUUGUCAUUAACGACGAUUGCGUUGGGGAAUUACUUGAGCACAGUGCUAGUGACAGUGGUGGCUAAGGUGACAACUAAAGAUGGUAAGGCAGGAUGGAUUGCUAAUAAUUUGAAUGAAGGACAUCUUGAUUAUUUCUAUGGGUUAUUGGCAGUUUUGAGCUUGGUGAAUUUGUUGGUUUAUGUGGGUAUUGCUAAAUGGUACACUUACAAGAAGGUAAGUGUGUACCCAAGUUGAUUUACUAGUAAUGCGGAGUUUA